AUGCAGGCGGAGGGCGGCAGCAAGGCGGAGGACGCGGCCGACGAGGAGGACGGCGACGCGGGCGCAGACGCCGACGGCGGGGGCGUGGCGGAGGAGGAGGGUGCCGCGGGCGUGAAGGAGGAGCAGGGGGCGGCUGUGGCUGUCAAGGAGGAGGCGGCGGGCGUGAAGGCGGAGGAGGGGGAGGGGGAGGCCUUGGCUGCGGUGAAGGACGAGGCGGCGGCCGGGGAAGAGGCGGAGGUCAAGGCGGAGCCAAAGCAGGAGGACGGCGGCGCGGGGCAGGCGGGCGCGGUUGAGGCGAAGCAGGAGCAGGAGUGA